UCAACAAACGAUCAUACACUGCGCCCUACUAACGUUGUGUUUUGCGAGUUCUCACAUGCGCUGUAGCGAUCGUGUCGCCGAGACGCGUGUUUCGUUCACGCUGACGUCAGAAACCUAACCUAUUCCAGUCUCGUAGAUCGUAAAAAUGGUAACAGAAAGUGAUUCAGUCGUGUAAGAGAUUCUGUGGCGGGUUGUCUUGUCGUCUUAUAUUCGUAGUAGUUCCGCUUAAGUCGUUUGUGCUCGCAGCCCACGUGCGUCGAUUUACCGGUGCGCGAUUGAUUUUUGCGUAAUGGGCGAAGAAUCACAAGCCAGUGACGGGAAAGUUGUUCUAAAGCGUAAAAUAACACUGUUUAAUGGAGUGGGAAUUAUAAUUGGGACUAUAAUCGGCUCUGGAAUUUUUAUUUCGCCAACUGGAGUUUUUUUAAACACUGGAUCGGUAGCUGCUUCCUUGAUAAUAUGGCUUGUCUGUGGACUUCUUUCCACUCUAGGAGCUCUCUGCUACGCCGAGCUCGGGACUUCCAUCACCAGAUCGGGUGGCGACUACGCGUACAUCUAUACAGCCUUCGGGCCGCUCCCGGCGUUUCUUAGGAUGUGGAUAGCGCUGCUCAUCAUCAGGCCGACGACACAGGCCAUUGUGGCGCUGACCUUCGGGCAUUACGUCGUGAAGCCGUUCUUCCCUGAAUGCAGCCCGCCUCAGGACGCUGUCAAGUUACUGGCUGCGGUGUGUCUAUGUAUCCUGACCGCCAUCAACUGCAUCAGUGUACGAUGGACGAUGCGCAUCCAAGAUGUGUUCACCACUUCGAAACUCCUGGCGCUGGUGGUCAUCAUCAUCUCUGGAAUCUACUAUUUGUGUGCAGGUCACACAGAGAACUUCGAAAAACCUUUCGAGGGCGACUACAGCGCGGGAAAGGUGGCACUGGCUUUCUACUCUGGCCUCUUUGCUUUCGGAGGUUGGAACUACCUCAAUUUCGUCACGGAAGAACUUCAGGAUCCUUACAAGAACUUGCCGCGUGCGAUAUGGAUCGCUAUGCCGAUGGUGACCAUUAUCUACGUUAUGGCCAACAUGGCCUACUUCGCCGUAGUUUCGAAGGGGGAGAUGAUGACUAACGCUGCUGUCGCUGUGGUCUUCGGCGACCGUCUAUUUGGUGGCUGGCGCUGGCUGAUCCCCGUUUUCGUAGCCCUGUCGACCUUCGGAGGGGUCAACGGGGUUUUGUUCACGUCAGCUCGGCUGUUCGCGACGGGAGCGCAGGAGGGACACAUGCCGGCCUUCUUCACGCUGUUCCACGUGAACAGACAGACGCCUAUACCGUCGCUUAUUUUUACUUGUCUCUUCUCCUUACUCAUGUUGACGACAAGCAACGUGUUCGAUCUGAUCAACUACUUCUCGCAAACGCUGUGGCUGUCCGUCGGCGCUUCCGUGGUGGGUAUGCUCUGGCUGCGGCGGACCAAGCCCGACAUCCCGCGCCCCAUCAAAGUUAACAUCAUCAUCCCUUACGUGUUCCUCAUCGCCAUCGCCUGCCUAGUGAUUAUCCCAGCUAUCACCCAGCCAAAGGACACCGCCAUCGGCCUCGCCAUUCUCCUCUCAGGAAUACCCGUAUACUACCUCUGCGUUCGGUGGAAGGACAAACCUAACUCCUACCACUCCUUCUCCGGCUGCAUACUCAGGUUCCUACAGAAACUCUGCUCAUGCAUCUACGUCGACUCCUCCGAAAAACUCGCCGAUAGUUAAAUUAUAUUUAAGCAUAUAAAGGACCAAUAUUUACGCUUAUAGUAAGUGUUAAAAGGCAUUUAUUGGACGAGCUUAUUUACACGGAAUACGUUCAACUUUUACAGACAACAAAAGUUAUAUUUUUGAGAUGUGAUAUUGUGAUUUCAUACAUUUUUGCACGUUUGUAAAUUAUGCACAAAACAUUAAAUCAUUGUUCAUAUAAAAUACGUAAUAGUUGACAAUACUGCUAGAAAUAGUUUUGCACAAAAUAGCACUUGAUUUUACAUUUGCAAAGAGUCUUAAGAGACGGUUUUAAUUAUAUGAAGAUCUAAUUUACACAGAUAGCUUAUUAUACACUAAAUUGUCGACGUUAUUGCUAUAGCCAUUGUAGGCAAAAUGUAAUCGUAAUCUCUCUUACUAGGUAAUGAUUAAAGUAUAGAAGUGAAUGGAUGAAGGACAAAGUAGGCCGCUUUCGCGCUCGUUUAUAAGUUUAUUUCAUGAUUUUUAUCAAUAUUUGUUACGAAAAUAACGUAACGUGCACCGUAUGACUGCAAAAUGGUUGUUUCGUACAUACGAGUAGGCGCCAACCUUAUUUAAGGAGAUGUAGAGAAACUGCGUACUUAUCUACAAGGACUGUCUCGGAGUAACUUUCAUUCCAAUAAUGAUUCAUUCCAUGGAAAAUGAUUACUUAAAACCAGAAAUAAAUAGAAAGUAAGUAAAUACAUAGCUUUUCUCUAUACCUUCUCCAUUUCAGCGUUGGUUAAAUCAAUAGUUACCUACUUGUUGCGCUCUUCUGCAGCUAUUUACCUACCCCCAACUGUUAAUUUAUUACACGUUUUUAACAAAAGUUUUCUCAAAUAAAAUGUCAACAUACUUGUGUAUAAAAACAAAUCGUACUUCAUUCAUUAAUACCCAUUCUUAAUAUUAUCGAAGUAAGUAAUUAUUAACCAUUCAGUAUUUUAGCUGAUGUAGUUAAGAUCUUAAUGUACAAUCUCUGCUCUUGUUCUAGGAGUAUUUCUUACUUUAUUCUUUAUCUAAACGGAAAUUCAACAUAAUGGUUUUCUCGAGAACUUGUAUAGUUUGCUGUUAUUAUUGAAAUCUAGAGAUACAUACAAAAUAUCUUCUUGAUAACAUGUUAAUUUUGAUAGAAUCUUUAGCAUAUUUCUUUACCUAUAAUCUAUCUAAUGAAUAUCAUCCGAAACAUGUAAAUACGCAGGUUUAAAUUUUUAAUGAAAAUUAGAUACCUACCUGCGACAUUUGACUUUUUUUAAACGUUUCAAGGCAACUUUCACACAAUGGAGGUAUUUAUGAACGCCUCAAGGAAAAUGUAAAGCAAAAUAUCUAACAGACACAAAAUAGUUGAGCUACGAGUGCUACGACGCAUUACUUAUGCACUUUUUUUUUUACAAAAUACAGGGUGUUAUCUCCUGAUACCUAUGCUGUGUGGCCGUGCAAAUAGUCUCAAAAGGCCUUUUCAAGCAUCACUGAUACAACUUGAAACCAUAAACUACAAACGUAGAGAUUAUUUUAUGGCUAAGGAACAUUUAUUUAGUGUAUGAUUGUAUUUAUAUGGAUAAGGUACUUUUAUACGUUUCUUUGCGACUUUUAGCAUUUUUCAUAAAGCUACUCAUAUAUUUUAUUAUAGACUAGGUAGGUAUACAUAACUAUUUAUCUACAAUUAUAUUACAUUCCUGUCAUUAAACGUGUUUAGAUAAUGUAAACGUAUAUUUAAGGCAACGUAUACUGAAAUUUUGCUACGAAAAGUUAUUUUAAUAUUAUUUAUUGAGUUUUAAAUUUUAACGUUUUUUAUGUUACAUGCUUAAUGGUAGACAUAAGUAGAUAAUUUCUUUGAUAUGACGUCACGUGUAUAAUAAAAACAAAUUACCACUCCUUUGCGUCGCGCUACCCGACUGCGAUUAACACUUUCCAAGUGUUAUAAUAAGAUCUAAUUAGAGUCUAGAUAAUUUAUUAACCGGUCUGAUUCUGUUCCUCGAUCGUGCCCAUCAUCCGCUUCUGGACGUUCCUAUACUAUACCUUUUAAAUCUGCAAUACCUACCUAUUAAGGCAAGCUGGUAUUACUAAAAUAUUAUUGUAUUGUUUUUAUAUUACCUAGUUAAUUCAGAGCGGCAGCGUGCAUGCACAAAAUAGGAUCCUAUUUUGUGCUGCAUGCGAGAAGCCUAGACUGGAUAACUUGGAUAUCCUCGUCCCUAACACAUCUAUCUAUACAAUGUGCCCGGGCAUGUAGUGAUCAAACUUUAAAGGCCAAAUCUAGGGACAAUUUUAUCGAUAAAAAUACUUCAAAUUUGGGGCUUGACCCAUUUAUCACAAAAUUACAAGGAUUUUUGAUGUUUUCUAUUUUUAGUUUUCACCUCUUCCUUCAAAAACAAGUGAAAGCGUGGGUAGCUUAACAUUAAUAAGCAAAUAUUUUAUAUCAUGCGAUAGCCAAUAAAAUUAUCUAUUAGUAGAAGUAGAAAACAGACACAAGUUUCAUACAUUUCAUACAAGUUUUCUACUUCUACUAAUAGAUAAUUUUAUUGGCUAUCGCAUGAUAUAAAAUUUUUGCUUAUUAGUGUUAAGCUACCCACGCUAUCACUUGUUUUUGAAGGAAGAGGUGAAAACUUAAAAUUCAAAACUUAAAUCCUUGUAAUUUUGCGAGAAAUGGGUCAAGCCCCAUUUGAAGUAUUUUCAUCGAUAAAAUUGUCCAUAGAUUACGCCCUUAAAGUUUGAUUACUACAUGCCCGGACACACUGUAUAAAUAAAAAUGAAUUGAUGUUCGUUAGUCUGAUUAAAACUCGAGAACGGCUGGACCGAUUGAGCUGAUUUUAGUUUUAAAAUGUUUGUUGUAAUCCAGGUGAGCAAAUACGCGCGCGAUAUUGUUUUUCUGUGACAGACAAAAUUCCACGCGGGCGAAGCCGCGGGCGGAAAGCUAGUUAGUAAUAAAAAUUACUUGGUUAAUCCAGUUAUUGUAUCUGUUCCCCCGGGCCAGUGGGUAUGCAUCCCCUGGGUCAGUGGGUAUGCAAUUUCAUGCAUUUCCUGACGAAAAAAAAAAGUUAUUGUAUCUGUUCUGUGGACUGUUUGUUUCACCCUGUAUUCGUGAACAAAAGAAGUGGGAGUUCUUAAUGCAAUGCAAGUAAAAAAAAAUAUUUCGCGGUUGACGUUAAAUUAUUUUAUUUAUUUUAAUAAUAAGUUUUGUAACUAAGGUAGUUAAAAAUAAAUAUCAUGGUUAUAAGAAGUAUCCUAUCAAUAUUAGGUUCAAUGAUUGCGGAAUAAUGUUAAAUAAACUUUAUGUCUGUUU